AUGGUUCUUUCCGAGUAUGAAAUCUACUCGGUGCAUAAAGUCCCAUCGGGAUCCCCCGCGAGAAAAGCUGCGCUUCAGCCUUUAGGUUUCGCAGCUGCUUCUGCAAUUAGCGAGAUUGCAGGUCGUUUCGCAAAUAUGUAUAAAGUAAUCGAAGUAUGCAAGCAAAUCCGCCGACUUUUAUGCAAAUUGAUGAUUGAAACGGCCUGCCUUUACCUCGCACAAUCAGAGCCGCUUAUAUCGGAGAGCUUGACUUUAUUUGGUGCAUCGGAUAUGCCCCUCGCCCUGUUAUUGGCUGUAUCGGUCCUUGCAGCGAUCCAAAGUGGAUUGGCAGGGCACGCUCACAGCUUCGCGCACUUUCAUGGCCCGGUCGUAGGACCUGGUCACGAAGUGGUUGUCCACGAUGAGCACGGACAUCAUCAUGUAGACUACGUCGCACAUCCCAAGUACGAGUUCGCGUAUGGAGUCGAGGAUCAUCACACCGGCGAUUACCAUGGACAGAAAGAACACAGAGACGGCAAAAAGGUCGUCGGCGAGUACACCGUCAAGGAACCGGGCGGUAACACCAGAACCGUGACCUACCACGCUGAUCCGCACGGAGGAUUUUUUGCCCACGUCCACAAUUCCGGCGGUAAUAACCAUCAUGGUGGUACAUAUGGCGGUUACGGGCACCACUGA